AUGAAUUUGACUAUACGUCAAGAUUUUGUUAUCAAAGCUAUUGAAUCGGUAGAAACUGUUUUGGCUGAGAAUCUUCUGAGGUUUUUCAAAUGGGUUUGGACUGAGAAUUCGCUUGCAGUAACCACACAAGUUCUAGAAUCUUUUGUUAUUACAAUAUGCAACACUGGUCGUUCCUUGAGGGACAAAUAUGUAUACUCUCUGUGGGAUUUGGUGAAGGAAAUUGGGGAGAAAGAAAAUGGGGUUAUCAAUGUUACCAUUUUGAAUGAGUUAGUGAGUUCAUUCUCAAAAUUGGGAAAAGGGAAGGCUGCAUUAGGGGUGUUUGAAAAUUUUGAAGGGUUUCAGUGUGUACCGGAUGCGGACACUUAUUAUUUUACAAUUGAAGGUCUUUCUAGGAGGUCGGACUUUGAUCUGGCUUGGUCUGUGUGUCAGAAGAUGCUUGAUGCUCGGAGAAUUCCGGACGGUGAAAAAAUUGGUAGAAUAUUGUCUUGGUUGUGUAAGGGCGAAAAGGCUAAAGAAGCUCAUCAAGUGUAUAUGGCAGCAAUAGAGAACAAGAGGUAUCCACCUUUGUCUUCUGUUAACUUUUUGACUUCUCAUUUAUGUCAUAAAAAUGAAACUGUACCACUGGCUUUGGAGGUGUUGAAUGAUAUCCCUGUUGAGAGGAGGAAACGAGCAAUCAAGCCGUUUUCGGCUGUUGUUCGAGCUUUGUGCAGGGUUAAAGAUGUUGAUGCGGCCAAGCAGUUGGUUUUGAAAAUGAUUGCGGAUGGUCCACUUCCUGGAAAUGCUGUUUUCAAUUUUGUUAUUACUGGUUACUCCAAAGCUGGGGAAAUGGGACAAGCUGUGGAGAUUUUGAGGCUACUUGAAAGUAGGGGUUUGAAACCAGAUGUGUACUCGUACUCUGUUAUUGCUAGUGCUUAUUCGAAUGGAGGCGAGAUGGAACAUGCUAGGAAGAUCUUGAAGGAAGCUAAAAAGAAUCAUUUAAAGUUGAGCCCUGUAAUUUAUCACACUCUAAUCCGCGGAUAUUGCAAAUUGGAAAGAUUUGACGAGGCUUUGGAGUUGUUGUCUGAGAUGAAGGAUUUUGGUGUACGUGCUUCUGCCGAUGAAUACGAGAAGAUGAUCCAGUCUCUCUGCUUGAAGUCUUUGGAUUGGGAAAGAGCAGAAAAGCUGCAAGAAGAAAUGAAAGAAAAAGGUUUAUAUCUCAAGGGCAUCACCAGAGCCCUAGUUAGAGCUGUCAAGGAAACGGAAAAGGAGGCUGUGGAGGCUCAAAGCGGAAGUUUAGUGGCCUAA